AAAUGUCUCCCCUUUCAAGACUACACCUGUAUCCCGUGACAAAAAGCGUCCUUGGAUCCAUUGACUCCAUUGUUAAAGUUUGCGCGCCAAGUGGCCGAAAUCGGCGCAUGAGGCGAUGCGCGGGAAAACUGAGCGUCAGUCGAACGCAGAAAGAGCCCGCGUUCGGUCGCAGCCACGCCGAACCGGCUUUUAGGUUAGAAUUGGCGCGUCGUAUCGCCAGGUGUUAUUUACUCCCCCGCUCUAACUUGACGUACGCCGUAUAGUCUUUCUCACCUGCCCUACCUGCGGACAACAGCUGUUUUCUCUCGAGAGAUUAGUCAGAUGUUUCUUGGCAACCAGUUGAAGCUCACCUGACUCGUUCGUUAGACAUGGCGGCUGGAGGACGAACACCUAAACAGAGGAGAUUCGAGAUAUCUGCUGGAAUGGCAGCCUUAAGAAAUGUAUCUAAUACACCAAGGAGGCGACGCGGAAGCUGCAAGUGCUUAUUCGGUGCGCCUGACAGAGAUGAAACGAGGCGAUUAAUGGCAGAACAAUAUGCAAGAGACAAGAAGCGUUUCAUUAGAAGGUUUAAUUUUGACAUAGAAUCAGAGUGUGCUUAUAAAGCAGUGAAAUUGGAUUCUCCUGUUAAGUUCCUCGAAGAAGAUAAAGAAAAUUCAAAUAGCCCCGUGAGGAAUGGAACUGAAGCAUUGGCAUGUGUGGAAAACACUGACUUGAGGGUUUUGGGGUCGCCAUCUAGAAGGUCGACAAGCAAUAGUAGUUCACCGCGAACCCCUCGAACACCUCGCACUCCGCGGGCAUCUCGUACACCAAGGACUCCACGAACGCCUGCUUCUAGACGACAGCUCCAAAUGACAGAUUACUGGACGCUAAGAAAGCAUGCCGAUUCUUCAUCAAGCGAUAAAGAAAAUUAGAAGAAUGAUAGAAAACGCAUGAUUAAUUAUAAUUCUCUUACAAAUCAAUCAAAUAUUUAUUAGAUUUAUUUUCAUUCAACUAACAUUGUGUUCCUACGUUUAAAUGAUUUUAAGGUUUUUUUUAUUUCGGGGCUUAGAGGCUAAAAAGUCUUUAUUAUUUUUCUAAAAAACUAAAUUAACGAAAUUUCAUAAAUGAUAUAACUUUUGAAUUAAUCUGAGUGAUGUAUUAUCUUCUUUUCUAUCAAUUAGCUAUUUCACGAAUAGUUAGAUUAAUAAUUAUUGUUUUAAUCGAGCAAUAUUCUUUUUUUCUUAAAUUGUAACCAAAAAAUAUGAAACAAAUUAAGUGUGAGUAUCCUAUAUUUUGUUACCAUACAUUACAGACUUAGGGAUAUCAGUUAUAAUUGUAUUGUGUCUCGACGGUCCUAAAUACGUGUUUCAACACGGAGUUACUCUUAUACAUUAAUUCAAUAGUCAUUCAAUAGACAUACAUAUGUAAAAUAAUAAUGUGCACAUCCAAAAAGGUAAUAAGUCAACGUAAUAUUUCCCGCGGUUUUCGCCGCUCCCAGACAUAAAACUAAAGCUAUUUUUAACAUUUUAAAUUCGCAUUUGAUACUUUACGUCGUAUCUUCUCCGGUGGUUUGAAUACUUUUAACUUUUUGCUUUCACUUAUUUAGUAAUUUUACAGGUAAUUUGACGGUAGUCGCACAAAAUCUCAACGAAUAGCUUCCCUGUGAAAAUUAAAAAGCAUUCGAUACUUCUAAAGAGAGAGAGAGAGAGAGAGAAAAAAUUGCUAAUUUAAUACCCGGUAAAAAUAGUUUUAAUCGCAUCAGUUUUAAAGAGCCAAUGAAGUUUGAAUAGAGAUCCUCAAUUACUGCGGGAUUCGCAUUUUCUUCACUUAAAAUGAAGUUUGAAGAAGAUAUUUCAUUCUGUUAAUAACUUGAAUUAAUGCUUUAGAUUUUAAUUCAUUGAAACAACGUACGUGCCUAUAUAUAAAUAACAUGCUACUAUGCAGAUUUUCUUCGAUGUUAAUAGAAGAUUGAGAUGUUCGAAAUCUCUUCUGGGUUCACGUCGAAAAACAAUUGAAUAUGCAAUUUCGAAAAGGGCACAUCUCUGUAAAUGUAAAAUGUUCAGGAAAUUUAAAAAAAAAACUGAUUAUUUUCUAAAGCAGUGUAAAAUUUAAAAUAUUAACUUUUGAGAUAUAUUUUAGUGUUAAUUAGCAAUUGAAAAUUAAAUGGAAUUAUUAUAAAAUGGGUGUAGGUAAGCCUCAAAACUACAUGUAUAUGAAAAAACGUAUUUGACAAAAUAUGCGACAUUUGCCCUUUUCGAAAUAGCAUAUUCAAUUGAUUAUUUUUUGUACAGACUAUUUAUCGGAUCGCUUAUCGAAUUUAUUUAACAAACAGACAAUGUUAUUUAAUAAUUUAUUUAACAGACGGGCAAAUUCAAAAAUAAAUAAACACUAUACUCAUUCUACAAGAUAUUUCAUGGAUUUUCAUAAUGCGUCCGUAUCAAAAGUCACCUUUAACAUUAAAAAAUGUCUAUAUUUAAUUCAUUUUAUAUUCUAAUGACUUAGUUAAAACAUUUCGUGAUCACGAAAGACGAGAAUGUAUUAAAAAUAAAACUAUAAACAAUAAUUUGUAGUUAAUAAAAGCAAUGAAUACGAAUUAUUCAAACCGAAACACUGUAAAAUGAAAUAAAUAAAAAAGUCAUUUUUUAACAAAAAAACAAUAAUUAUAUCGCUUCGUAUUUUUCAUAAUAUUUUUAUUUAUUCAUUUGCCGAAUGUACUUAAAUAUCUAAAAAAACAUACUGAUUGAUUAUGUAUUAGAACGGACACAGACUAAAGAUUUCAAGGCAUGUUAGUUAUGCAUUCUGAUUAUAAUAUAAAAAAGUAUGUGGAAAAUGUAGUUUGAAAUAUCAAUAAAUUUCACGUUUUGAGAUCGUCGUUAAAUCCUAAGUUGUUUUUAAGAAAACAGAAAAAAAGACGCGUUUUCUUUAAAAAAUAUAUUUUAAAAUAAAACUUUUACAUACGCCGAUACUUCAUAAUGGUGUUCACAAAUCAUCCGAUGCGGGCAGUGACCGGAUUGCUUAGACAUCACAGUUUAAACACGUCUCACCAAUCAAACGGCAACGAAUUUUUACUGGUGGUAGGACCUCUUGUGAGUCCGCACGGGUAGGUACCACCACCCUGCCUAUUUCUGCCGUGAAGCAGUAAUGCGUUUCGGUUUGAAGGGUGCGGCAGCCGUUGUAACUAUACUGAGACCUUAGAACUUAUAUCUCAAGGUAGAUGGCGUAUUUACGUUGUAAAUGUCUAUGGGCUCCAGUAACCACUUAACACCAGGUGGGCUGUGAGCUCGUCCACCCACCUAAGCAAAAAAAUAAUAAUAUUACCUGUAAGAGAUACAGACGUAUGGUCGAACCUGUCUGGAUCUAGAACACACCCUACCGGUACUUCGAUUAAUUAGAAUCUAUUUGCGUAGAGCUCAAGUCAUUAAUUGUCGAUCGCAUCCACACGUAGCGUACCUAUAAGUAAGAAUUUUAAACCUUGUUUUUAAUCUUAGAAUCUAGUCUGAGAUCUCUGCAAUAAUGUAUAUAUAUACAUAUAUAUAUUUUUUUUAAUUCUUAAAUUAUGUUAAUAUAGGAAGCUUCCUAAUUAUUCUGUCCUUAGAUUUUAGUCUCUUCAUAAUAAUAAUAAUAAAAAACGCUUAGCCUGUAAAUUUUAAUAUAGAAAUUUAAUACCUAUAUAAAAAUAAGUCGAUUAAGUGCCUAGAUUUGUUUUUAAUAUUUAUAUGUAAAUUAGUAUUGUCGUUUGUGUUUUAAAAAAAAAAACCACCCUUUAAAUAAUUUAGCCUUUAAUGUUUUGGUGCAAGCGCUUCUUCGUGUUUUUUAGAUUAACAAGUGAUAUUUUUAAUUACAAGAUUAAUGUACAACUUGCUAUUUGUAUAAAUAAAUUUGAUAAUAUAAUUGUA